AGGUUAAUUUAUCCAAUCAAAUAGUCGAUCGGUUGCCUGGCGGUGACACAAGCGGGAAGUGAGCGGAAGUAAGCGGGAAGUGAGCGGAAGUAUGGCGGAGCCUGAGGGAGCGAUCUUUACCGAUCCACUGCUCCAAAUGUCAAAUUACGAAGGUCCAGGUUUGUUAGACCUUUCGAAUCAGGGUCUUCAUAAACUGGAUCCAAAGUGGUUCAGUCCCGGGAUACACACACUGAUUCUGGACCAGAACCGGAUCAUUAAGCUGGAGCACCUGGAGCACAACGAGGAUCUGCAGCAGCUAUCUGUGGCCUGUAAUCGUCUGGUGCGCAUGAUGGGCGUCUCAAAGCUGACACACUUACGAACCCUGAACCUCCCCAACAACAGCAUCGGCUACAUCGAGGGCCUGAAGGACCUGCGUCGUCUGCAGUGGCUCAAUCUGUCUGGAAACAACAUCAAGGUCAUCGAGCAGCUCAACACCUGCGUUUCCCUUCAGCAUCUCGAUCUGUCAGACAAUAAUAUCUCUCACAUAGGAGACCUCACAAAGCUCUCAGUGUUAAAGACACUUCUUCUGCAUGGAAACAUCAUCACGACUCUGCGCACCGUUCCUGCUCACCUUCCAGCGAACCUCACCGUCCUGUCGCUCGCAGAGAACGAGAUCAGAGACCUGACCGAGGUGUCGUAUCUAGCUUCGUUACACAGUCUGGAGCAGCUGUCCGUCAGGAGUAACCCGUGUGUGAUGGCCACUCCGGCUCUGCCCGGCUGUGAUUAUCGCCCGUAUGUCGUCAGCUGGUGUCUCAGUCUGAAGGUGCUGGAUGGAUACGUGGUUACACAAAAAGAGGGACUGAAAGGAGAAUGGCUCUACAGUCAAGGAAAAGGGCGAAUGUUUCGGCCGGGGCAGCACACACAGCUGGUCCAGUAUUUGGCAUCCACGUGUCCGCUGACCGCCGCGACUGCCUUACAGUCAGCAGAGGAUGCUAAACUAGAGAGAAUCCUCAACAAACAGAGACAGCAUCAGAAACAGCUGAAGCAAACACGUCACUGCGGCUCGAGUCCGGUUCGCCCCACGCAUCUCAACGUUCACAAGAACACAGAUGUGGAGGUCAUCUCUCAGGCAGAUGUGGAUCCAGGAGUUCAUGUAAAUGCGUGGAUGAGCUCUGUGUCUUCAGCCGUGAUCGCUGCGGUCCGUCUGCCGCCCGCCGCUGAAGACGGGAUGAUUCUGGAGGAUGUGCAGACUGAUGAGGAGAAGCUUCAUGGCAGUCUGCUGUCCUCAGAGUCUGCUUUCUUGCCCUUUAACCCUGCUGUUCAUCCAGCUUCAGCUCCUGACAGCGGGGAGGAGGAGUUUGAAGAUUCUCUGGCUCCUCCCACAUCCACACAGCUCCACCCAUCGGAGGAGGGGUCAGUGGGCGGAGCCGUCCUCAGCUCUCAUGUGACUGACAGAGCCGAUGUGUUGAGUGGCGAUGCUGUGCUACAGAACAGUUCUGCGGAGGAGACGCAGAGAUCUGCUGCGCUGCAGUGUGAACUAAACCAGUGUGAAGCAGCUGUCAGGAUCCAGUCGUGGUGGAGGGGUCACUGGACGCGCCUCUGCCAUCCACAGGCCAAAGAAGUGCGUGCUGAGAUCCGCUUGAGAAGGAUGCAGGACCACAUCGUCCACCUGACCGCGGAGCUGGAGAGGGUGCGCAAGCAGCACGAAGAAGAGCGACUGCAGAGACGUGUGCAAGAAGAAGCGGUGAAGUUCCUGUGGAAGCAGCUUCAGGCGCUGCUGGAGUGGCAGUCGUCUGUGAACGAGCGUCUCAGUGUGGCACAGAGUUCAGCGUCAGAUCCCAGCAUUCCCGCAGCGGCUCCUGUCCGCACAGAGAUCUCCAUCCCGGAGUCUGGCUUUCAUUCCCCGGGAGAGCGAGCGGCGGGGGACAGUCUUCUGGAGCAGUAUCUGUCCUCUGUGCAGCAACAGGACGAGGAUGAAGACGACAGAAUGGGAACACCUCAAGAUCCAUCCGAUCUCUCUCCUCAUGGGAAAAAAGAGCGCUUGUCCUGACCGGAGUAGAAGCUGAAGUCUGAAAGGAGUUUAGGAAUCACAGGACUCGAUCGGGACCCAUGUGCCCUGGCUCUGGCUCUUCUUAAAGAUCAGACACUUGCCUGUUUUAAUCCCUGGCCUUCAGAAGACUUGUAGACUCGUAGAGUUACACACAUGCGGUCAGCAGACUGAAGAAGAUCAUGUCUAACUCGACAGUGACUCCUGUAUGACUGCCUUUCUUCUUUCUAACAGUGAAUUACAUACACUGCUGGAUGUCAGUAUACAGAUUUCUGUUGAAGUACUUUACAUCUUUAUGUACCCAGGGUGCCAAGCUCUUUCAGUGCACUUAGCAGUAGACUUGUUUCCUUUUGGAGCCUGGACAACACGACCAGACGUAGCCUUGUUCUGUAGAAGAGCAUGUAUUUCUGUGAAGUUAAUGUGAAUUGAUUUGAUAGUCAGCUGCAGUUCAAACCCUACUGAGAGCUUUCUGUGUGUGCAUCUGGAUAUUUACAGUAUGUGCUGCAACUAGUGUUCAGUCUGGUAUAUGCAAGUUUUUAUUUAUUAAAUAUAUAUUUUAAAAUUCAUUUUUGUAAAAUAAAGUUUUACUUUCUUUCCCCA